AUGACUUUUGAUGAGGUUCUCUGUGUUAUUGGGGGCUUUGGGAAGUUCCAGAAGCUCCUGUUUGUGUGGAUCUGUAUACCUCAGAUAUUCCUGGCGUUCCACAUGUUUGUGUCUGUCUUCACCGGGGCUACUCCUCCACAUCUAUGCCGCCCUAGGUGGUCUUCAGAUGGGUUUCCACUCCCUCCUGGCUUCAACCUCAGCCUCCUAUCCACCUCUGACGGCUGGACCCAGCUGUCCUGCAGGAACCCCUUGAACCAAAGUGACCUUGGAGAUGGACUUUCCGCUGGGAGCUGCGAGGGGGGCUGGGAGUACAGCACAGAGAUCUACCAAAGCACUAUAGUGACAGAGGUGAGUGACCAACCUGCAGCUUCUCUGACAGGCUUCUUCUUUUAGCUUUUGAAGGAUGUGAAUAUGAAUAUUUCCUGCUGAUUUGUUUACCAUGAGGACUCCGCACAGCUCAAGAAUGUGGAGGGGCUUAGAAGAUUUUGCAACCCAGUCUAGUGACAUGUGAGACAGUAUGAAACGGACUCCUGCUGUGUAGGCAUCCUUCGCCCCCUUUCUGCGCUCUGGCACAGUGCCGAGUUUUGUAACACAUGAAACUGAGCAGCAGCAGUUACAUGAGCGCAAUAACGGGAUUGCAUAAAACAACAUGUUACGUGUCUGGCUGGAAGGAGAUCUACUUUUGAUUUUAAAAAAUCUGGAGGUGGUUGAGAAGCUCAAGUUCAGUCUUGAUGGGUAUAUCCAGCUGUGGAUAAAAGUCACAUGUGACUAGAAAUACCCUUCAGUAUAACAUUAGAACUCUGUAUCCUGAUAUAAUGCUUCUGAUGUGCCGUCUGAUGGAGAGGGUUAAAGAGCCCUUUAGGUCAGUUUAUUACACAGACAUGAUCCUAACCUUACUAACCCAAAUCAGUUAGUUAUGGUGCCUUAGCAUUCACAAAGUGAGACAGCUUCUCAUCAGAAAGCAUGCUAUGAAACAUCUUCAUUUUUAUUCAGUACUGGAUCAGUAAAAUGUUUCAGAAUAAGUGUUAUUUACUGCACAACAUAACCUGUUUAUUACCCAUAAAAAGUUUUUAGUUGUUUGUUUGUGUCAUUUUACUAUUCUAGGUAGUUCAAUAAACACUAAACUGAAUAAGAGGAAACUAGAAAUAAAUAUGAUCCAGAAACACCAGAGACGUCUCUCUCUGAUCUGUGGUUGAUCAAAAUCUGAUGUUCUUCUUGGAAAUCCUAAACACAGCAUCCUUCAGUCUUGUUCCAAUCUUGUUUCAGGAUAGUCAAAAGAGUCUUUAGAUAAGAAUUACAACUUUUCCCAUUAUCGUUUUAGGAAUAUUUAACUUGCUGCAUCAGUACAAACUUUUUAAAAUUCUUAAUCAAUUAAAUUAAUCAAUGAAAUCCUGAUUUAUGGCUUGUAAUAACAAUUGCCUCAUGACUUCAGUCUGCAAAGAGCAACACUGACCAGCAAUGCGGCAAAAAUAUUCCAUAACUUCACUGUGGAUGGGAGCAAAGUUGGAAUCACUUCACACAUUAAUGCUGCUAGUGUUGCAUACCCCUCCCACCAAGGGUAGCUGCGACCCUGAGUAACUUACUACAUUCACAGAAAAAGGACACCAAAUCUUUAAAACAUAGAGUAGGGCUGCAGACAAAACCGCAGUGUUUGGGGACUUCGAGGUGAAACAUUUUGGCACAGUAUGAGCACUUUCAGCACGUCGUCAGCAGUCUGUCCUUUUUUUAUUAAACAUGAAAAAUGUGGUUAAGUGUUUUUGGAUGACUUGGUGCAGCCACAGCUGUUUGUCAGAAGGAAAUUAAGGCCACACGUGACACAGAAGAAGAAUGCUCAAAAGGGUCAAAUACAGAAUAAGUCACAGAAAGGGAGUGACUCUUUGAGUAUGAACAAAUGAGGGCGUUUUACAACUAUUCAAGCAAAAAGAUCUACAGAAUCCCAAAUUAAAGACAUGUUUAUUUAUCAUCUUUGCCUCUCUUCUUGCAGUGGGACCUGGUUUGUGAUGAUGCCAAACUGAACAGCCUGGGCUCCUCUUUCUACAUGUUUGGCCUCCUGAUUGGGGCCGUUGUUUAUGGACACUUGGCUGAUAAGUAAGUUUGACAACUUGCACCAGAAUCUUUCAAAAAAUGCUCCUGAUUUUAUUAUACUGUGUCUGUGUGCCAGAAAAGUUGUCAUAUUUGAAUGUAGUCACAGAGAUUGUGAAACGUUUGGUUCCAGAUACGGCCGCAGAAUUAUUAUCCUUGUUAACCUUCUAAUCCAGGCGGUCUUUGGGGUUGGAGCAGCGUUCUCCCCUAAUUUUUACAUCUACACCGCCCUACGCUUUGUGGUUGGGACAACCAUCUCUGGAGUCAUCAUGAAUGCAUUUGUCCUUGGUAAGUAUCUCAAAUAAUGCUAAAGUAGGGUCACUCAAACUCUUUAUAUAUUGUUCAGCAUUAAUGGAGCCUUCCCAGAUGUGUAAGAUAGCCAUGCCAUGAAUACUAAUGACUCCUGUACCGUCAGCUCUUUAAGAGGGGUUGUCAUGCUUUUUCACAUUUACAACAAAAACUGCAAAGCGACCUAUAGACAUUAUAUAUGUAGAUUAUAUACAUUACGUGCUGGAACAUAAUCCAGCGUCACCGCCAUAUUGGAUUGGUCUCCCCACUCCAGGCUUGCUCAAGAGCCAAACAGGGUCAAUGGAGAAUGAGAAAAUAUGCCUGUUUUUUUGCACUCUAUGGUUGAAAAACCCAAUGCAGUACUGAAACCAGACCACAUAGGAUUACAUAUUACAAAUAGGAUUGAAAAAUAAUUUGUUUUAUAUUUAAUGUGUGACAUUAUCCUGUAUUAUUGCUAUAUCCCUGCCAUUGUAAAAAACCAAACAGUGUGAAAAUCGAUCAGAGAUCCGGAGAGCUAUUAUUAAUAUGGUUGGGCAUUCCUUCCUACCUUAAUGCACUGGAGGUGCAUGGGGGAUCCAUCCAAGAUGGCGACUGAGCGGAUAUAUGAGCUCCAAUAGGCAGCAUCAGGCUUUAAGGCAUCUACGUAUAUAAUGUCUAUGAAGUGACAAGGGUUCAAGAGAGGCGGCCAAUCAGAAAAAGGUGGGCUUGUGGUAGGGGUGCCCUAAAGAGACAGUAGCUAAAACAAAGUGUUUCAGAUAUAGGCUGAAAUAAUGAUAUUUUAAUACACCACUGUGAGAAAUUUGAGGCUUUUAUGAUCUGAAAAACAUGAAAAGUUAUUAAAGAGGUAUUAAAAAUGAAGUAUAGUGCCUGAAAAAAAGCAUGAUACCCCUUCUUUAAGAACGGAGGAUGUAGUGUCAAAGAUUUUCUGAAAGAAUUUCAAUUUUAGUUUCACCAGCAUUUCUGAAUCAUGUCUAUAUCUGGUUUCCUCUUUGCAUGGUACAGUUUUAACCUCAUUUGUGGACGCAGUGAUGAACAAUGGUUUUUUGAUGUGUUUCACUACAGGGUCCUAUCAGUUUUUUUUAUCAGUCUGAAAAUCAGGGCUAUUCAGUUGUGGGUUUGAUCUCAAACCUUGUGUCUCAAGUCUUCUUAAAUUGAAGUUGAAUUUCUCAGAUAUUCACAGAUAUUUACAAACCUCACUUAUGUUUUCUCCUAGCAGCAGUUUGCCCAAUCAAAAAGUCUGCAGAUAUGUUAUUCCUCUAAAAAACACAGACAGAAGCACAUUUUUCGAUGCUUGAUAUCUUCAAUCUGUUACCAAAGAAACCAAACAAUAACAGGGAAAUCUGUUUUUCUCUUCUGUAGUAAAUAUAAAAACAUAUCCAUGUUGUUUUCCAAUUCCCUAAGUGAAAAUAAGGUCAGCAGGCUUUUAUUCCAAAAUGUCUUAGUGUUGUUCAGUAUUUUGCUUCCAAAGUUGAAUCUAAGUGAAGUUUCCAUGUCCUGUUCUGGUCUCAGGUACGGAGUGGACAGGACCCAAGGAGCGUCUGUUGGCAGGAAUAAUCACAGACUACGCUUUUGGUUGUGGUUACAUUAUGCUGGCUGGCCUAGCAUAUCUCAUAAGGGACUGGCGUAAACUACAGUUAGUGAUUUCAGCACCUGGUUUCCUCCUCAUCUUUUACAUCUGGUGAGUCACAGAGCAGCAGGGUGAUCCAGAUUCCAAACAGUGUGAACUACUUCCCAGAAAAAUGUCCUGAUAUGCUCUUGUUGGUUUAAUCUGUUCCUGUGUUUGUAAUUUUAGUGUAUUUUUGAUGAGGUAUUCUUUCAUGAUAAGGUGCACUUUUAUUAUUUGAAGAUAAAGGGGAUUCUUUUAAAGGUGUAAUAAUGAAAAAGUCAAUGAGCGGUGAAUGGCGCCAAAUUCCUCAGUCAGUACAGGAAUUGCCCUUACCUAUGUUUAAGUUACCUCCAUUUCUUUACACACAUUUUUUACGAUAAAACAAAUUUAUGUCUAAAAGAAAGCAAUCUUGAUAUUUCCAGGGUGUUGCCAAAGUCUGCUCGCUGGUUGGUGGCCAACAACAGGAAAGAGGAAGCGUGGGAGCUGAUCCAGAAAGCUGCUCAGAUAAACGGGAACCCCCUGACCAAAGACCUGGAAAUGUGUCAGGUACAGAUUAAAUUUCAUUUCACAUUUUAUGGUCUGAAAUUUGAGUGUGGUGUUAGUUCUGGAAGGCUCUAAAACCAGGCUCCACUGCCAGUGCAUAAGCUGUUCCUAACAUCAACUUACAAUGGCUAAGAGCUCACUUAAUUUUGCUUUGCUGCUGCUCUCCCUACCUUAACUAUUAUUGUAUGUUCAUAAAAGAGCAAACAAUAAAUCACAAAUAACUACUGUAUUUUUGUGUACCUUAUUGUAAAGUGUUACCGUUUAUGUUAUUCCUUGGGUUUUGUACCGAGACUCUACCUGGCAGCUAUUUGCUGAAGCUACUAAACUUCCAAACCCAUGUCUCCUGCUGACUGACAAGCAAUAAUUUUCAUUUGCAUGACCGUCUCUAUCGGUCACUAUCACCCGAACAUGCAAACACUCAAAUAGUGCUAUGCUGUGUUCCUUUAUGACUAGAAGUCACCCCAUCACUCUCUGUUUCACCAGGUCCUUAACGUUGAAGAGAAAGGAGAGCUAAAGAAGACAUACUCUUUCUUUGACUUGGUUCGAACCCCAACGAUGAGGAAGCGCUCUCUGAUUGUGUUCUAUCUCUGGUGAGUAUGAGCAGAAUGUCACCCUCGUCCUUUUAGAGAGACUUUUGUUCAGCAGAUCCAUGCAUGAUUAGAGCAGGGUUUCCCUUUACAACAAUACUAUCAGUGUGGGAGAUCAUACAGACAUCACUCCCCAGCUUUAGACUCAGUUUUGCCAAGAAGGAGCUGAAUGUUCACUGGAUUUGUACAGGUUUGGCCCAGAGCCUUUGUAGGGGAAUCUCUUCAUACAUUUAGGCUAAGAAAUAUAGAGUAAGUAUCUUUUAGUAAGAAGCCACAACUAAUCUAGGUUGGCCUGCUCCUGCAGCCCCACGACCGUGAGAUUGUAAGCAAGGCUGUCUUGCAGGAGCCCAAACUAUCUGUCUGUUGGAACACGUAAUCUCUGCCAGGGUCAAGACGAACCUAAACAAGUGUCGUGGGGCAGACAUGACAUCAGGAGGGGCCUUCUGGAGAAUACACACACACACACACACACACACACACACACACACACACACACACACACACACACACACACACACACACACACACACACACACACACACACACACACACACACACACACACACACACACACACACACACACACACACACACACACUGUUUGUCAUCUGUACUGAUUUCUACAUCUGUACUAUUAAAGACGCCCAGGCUGUUCUUCAGAUCUCAUCCUGUCUCCUGUGCAUUGUUUUACUAAGUUUAUGUUGGACUUUCUACAACACCUUCACCUUUUACCAAACGCCCCUAAACCAUUUUCUGCAUCAAUAAAGGAUAUAAUAUAGGAUAUAUCAACUAACCUACUCCCAGUUUACAAGCACUGAGCGAAAUUAUGUCAUCCUCCACUGCUGUAGGUGGCCCCCCUUGGUCGUUAGUAUAGGACAAGGGGGGCCAUGAAAUUUCAAAAUAAGUUUGCAAAACAAUAAAGCUAACACUGAUUGAAAAUAGUGCAGGAAUAAGUUUUUUUUAGAUCUAAACAUUUUUAUUUGCUUUCAGAUCCUCAGUCAGAGGACCUCAACAGAAGCUUGAAGCAGAAGAACCAAAACCUGCUUUACUGAAAAUUUUAGUCCAUGGACUUAAGACCUGAUAAGUUGAUCUGCUUAAACAACUCAGUAUAACGAAGGCAGUCCUGUUGAUAACAGAGUAACCCAAGGAUGUCUGAAGUGACAACAAUGGAAGACUGCAACAGGAGAUGUUGGGGCUAAUCUUCAAAGACAAACGUGGCAGAGUCUGUUAUCUGCUCAUUAAGGGGGAGGGAGCAUGCUCAUUAGAUUUAACGAUCUGUGCAUUCCCGUCUUUUUCUUGACCUCCCACAAAUCCAACAAACCCCUUUGUUUCUCUUUUAAAACCCCCGCUCAACACCUUCAUCCUCAACACCUCCUCUCCAUUUGCCACAUUAAGUGCAAUUCCACUUAAGCCGUUAAACGCUCCAAUAACAAGAAUGCACAGCUGCUGACUCACACACCAUUUUGGAAGCUGCUGAGUAAGUAAAAGGUUCAUGUUGAGGCCUGCUCAGAGGUCUGCUUGACAGACACUUAGUUAAACAAAUGUAGCGUCGUAAAAUUUCUCGUUCUUUUGAAAUGUAAUUAAAUCUUUUAUUGUUUUGGAAAUAGCUCAAGAGUUCAUUAGAUGGGAAGUGUUUUAUGCAUUCACAGGGACUUGCAAAACCUGAGCAAGUCAUGAAGACUGACUGAAAACAAGUGAUGUUGGAGGACAAGUCUUCAUUAGAUUUUAAACUGCUUGCUGUAGGCCUACCAGUCCAUGCACACGAGACCUUCACCUGAUCUUGUCAGUCGUGAUGGCAGCAUUUGUUGCUUCAAAGAAGGUUUUCCUAUUAAGAGACAAAGACUUUUACAAGGAAGACCUUCUUAUUUCAGCAAGACAAUAACAAACCACAUUCUGCAGGGAUUACAACAGUAUGGCUCUGUAGUAGAAGAGUCCUGCUUGAACAAGAAAUAUGUACAGAAGAUGUAGAGAAAGGGUAUCAAACUGUCCUCCAGACUGAUCAUUUUUUCGACUAUUUUACAUCUGUUUCAGGUUCGCCAAUGUGCUUGUGUACUACGGCCUGUCUCUGCACAUUUCUGACUUUGAGAUGAACAUCUAUCUGACUCAGCUGAUCUUCGGCCUGGUGGAGAUGCCUGCACGCACCAUCACUCUCUUUACCCUCAACCGCUCCCGCAAGAUCUCCCAGUUGGCUUUCUUGGCUGUGGGCGGUAUAGCCUUCCUGCUCACCAUCUUUGUCCCGAGUGGUACGAACGCAAAUCCUUCAUACUAAAACUGAUGGAAAGAAAUGUGUGUAAGAUGCAGGGUUUUUUUUUGCCUUCUCUUUGUAGACUUGUCCAUCAUCAAAACCGUGCUGGCCAUGAUUGGGAAGUUUGGAAUCACUGCCUCUCUUUCCAUUAUUUAUGUCUACUCAGCUGAGGUGUUCCCUACAGUCAUCAGGUAAGCACCUUCUUUUUAUCCACUUUUAUCAGUUCAUGACCAAAGAAACGUUGGCCAAGUAACAUUUUGAUGCAAAGCAACCAGGAGUCCGUGCUUCAUUUGCCUCUGUCUGUUUUCAAACUUAUUUCUAUUCUAUAAUCAAAUUGACUAUUAUCGUUACAGCAAAGUGUAGAAUAAAUACAAUUUCAAAGUGAUUACUUCCUCCUUCCCUCAAUCCUUCUUAAAUGGUCUCAUGUCCAGAGGUCUAAAGGUCUAAAUUUCAGCUCAAUGUAAUUCUAUUUUUCUGUUUUGUAAAUAAAAGAACUUAUUAUGCAACACCAGUUGAAAAAGAAAUUUUUUGGAACCAUAAAAUAUCAAUAAUUCAGAAUUUGAUAGUUUUCAAAUCAUUUGAAGAAUAAAUUUUAAGUUGAGACAUUUUUCAUUGUGUUGCAACCCUCUCCCUUUAACAACACUGUGUACUUUUUGGCAACAAAGACGACAGUUUUUGGAGUUUAGAAAGGGAAAUGUUGAGGACAUGGCGUUCAUGAUUUCCAGGUUCAAAGGUUCAGAGGAGUCUCUGGUGUUCCUGUUUCGAGUCUCAGCCUCACCCUUUUGUUGUAUAUAUCCUUGCUUUCUUCACCCUGCUUUUUGUGACUGUCUUCAGCUGUCCUAAAGGCAAAAAUGGCCAAAAACGAACUUAAAAAAGUGUGAUGUUGAAAUGAUUGAGGGAUUCAUUAAUCUGUAUUUGUGUAUGAUGUGAGUGUGUUACACACCAUGGAGCAAAUAUUUGUCUGUGAAUGUUUAAAUCUAUAGAUAAAUGUAAAAUGUGUGGAGUAACAGCAGCCAUGUUAUUAACAGCUGAGGUUUAUCUCAGUUGGACACAUAAGUGAGAAACUAUUUAGUCUGACUGAUUUAAUGAACUGGUUCUCCAGAACAAAAAAAAAUGCAAACCAGAUGUUGGAAUAGCAGCACAGGGAGAAGGAGUGGUGUCAGUGCUGAUGUUUCUCUGACUCAUCUUACAGACUAAGACUUACAAAUAAACAGUGAUACAAAGCAAAACAAACGAGAGCUUUCAACCUGGAUGUUACUUAUUGAAUUGGUCUUUUCAAAUGGAUUUAGUAAAAAGGAAAUGCUGAUGAUUUUAGACCAGAAUCACUUGAUUAUCAUUAGCAUCCAAACUCUGAGGGACAUUGCCACAAACUGGGCUAAUUUCAGAGGAAACAUCCUUCUGAUUUGUUUUUAAUAUGUUUUACACCUGUAGUCCUUCCUCUAUCGUUCACAGACAGAAAGGGAUUGGGAUCGGCUCCAUGUGUGCUCGAGCUGGAGGCGUCUUGGCUCCCAUGUUAUACCUCCUGAAGGGCAUCAGUCCCAAGGCUCCCAUGUUCCUGUGUGGCCUCUGCCCUCUACUGGGCUCUGCACUUACCCUGCUGCUGCCUGAGACAGCCAACAUGCCACUGCCUGACACCAUCGAAGAUGUGGAGGGUCCUAACCAUAGGUGUGACACCACUGCUUUGCUUGGGAUAACACUCAUUGUGCAUUGGUGCUAUUUGAAUAAAGACUGAUUGAUUUGAAAGGGACACUUCAACCAAUUUACCGAAAAAAACAUGUUAACUCAUUUUAACCCAUCUGUUUGCAUGUGUUCAGGUUGGAGUUAUGAAGCAGGAUGUGGAUGAGCUGCAGCAUCCACAUAGACUGAUGGACAACGGCAACACAAGCUGGCAGGAAGCAUCCAAGACUGACGACAGGCCAGUGUGCUUCAGUGGAUGUCAAACUUAGACUGAUUUUUUAUUACUCUUUGCAAGAUGUCCACAUCCUGAACUCGAUAGAAGCCUUAGAAUGUAAAUAAUUUUACGUAUUUGGGGAUUUUUGUGCAGAAGAUUAUUCUAAAAGUGAUUUAUGGAUAUAAUUUUUUAUUUUUGUUACUGUAAUGUUGACUUUUUUGAAUGUUAUGUAGUGUCAGGAUGAAGCAUUUCCCGUAUGCAAUUGUGUAUAAUAUGUUGUACUUAGUUAGCAUCACAAUAACAUCUCAGAUUAGACUUCUGUUGUCCACAAAAUUACACUUUUCCUCGGACCAACUUGAAGUUUGUUUAGAAAACCUCAAUACUCCCAUACACAGCUCUAUUUUGACAACGCUUCUUUUUCACCUUUGUGACAGUUUACAUUUGUUUACAAUCAGUUUACAUUUGUAGCAGUUUUUAUUUUUAGCCUGGGAUUACCUCUAACCACAUGGUCAGUGUGUCAAAAACACAUUCUGCCACAGGUUGUCUUUUACUUGCUCUGAGCUGAUGCACCUCCAGAAACAACAUUUCUCUGUCCGAUAGUCAGUUUUAUCUGUGCAAACCAGCAGGUCCACACAGCCUGGAGAACAAAAGGACGCCAUUAACAGCCUGAUACGAAGAAGCAUAACUGAUUUUGGACAUUUUUAAAAAAACACUUUUGCUAUUCGAAUAUCAAAUUGGUGUAAGUAUGCAAAUAUUCUUGUUGGGCUGCUUCAUGAAGAGUAUUUGCAACGAGCACACUGUGCAGGACAAACUACAGAAUGUGAUGACUGACUCAACCUUUUUUUCACAGAUGUCUUUUUUAUUGAUGCAUGUUGGGAAACACACCUGUUGAUAUCACUAUCUCUGGUUCUGAUACUUUUACUCAUUUGUACUUUUUCUGUUUGGUUUAACUUGUCUUUUGUUAUUCAAAAUCUGUUCAUGAAUCUACAUACCUCUGCAAGUCUGGAGACCCCCUAUCUACAGUGGAAGAGGGGUUGGACUCCUUGAACACAACAGUGCUGCAUAGAUCCAGUGUGUUUGCAUUGUGCAUACAGUAAAAGCUGAUAAAAGUUCUCGUUUCAGCAUUAUCAGUAACAUGCAAACUGAAGUUUUCCAUAAGCUCUGGACUCAGUAAGAACAGGUCCUCCGAUGUAAAAGAUUCUCAUGCAGUGAAAAGAGCGUAUUUUACAGGGAAGUUAAGAAGUAACUCUGGUGCUCUGGUGGUGACACAAACCCAGGGUCCAUAUCUUCACAGACUGUUCACAGGCAGUCAGCAUGUUUACAGGAACCACAACAAGAUGUGCCUCCGAGGAUACACUCACACCUGGUGGUGAUCACUCAAUACUACAACCUCUUGACACCUCCAGCAUCCAAUACUUGAAAUUCUGUCAAACGGAAAACGUUCAAUGUUGGACUUGGCUCUUUUUAGAGCUUUUGUAAUAUUGCUGUGUUUGUACUUUUAUACACUUAUAUUCAUUGAUUUUGCAGAACAGAGUGUAACUGGUGGUUUGUGUUGACUUUAUUUGUACCAUAAAGAUUUUUGAGAAAAUUCAUUGGGGUGUUUUUCUGUCAGACAACUCAAGCGCUAAGAUUUGGCGCCCUAACUCUGACCCUACAAAGGCCUGACCGUCUCUAAUAGCGAAAAGUGGAACAACAUCCUGUCCUGCAAUACGUGCAAUGGCUGCAAAGGAUUGUAGGAGCAUUGCUAACCUUGACAGUAGAGGCACUUUUUACUGGCUUGUCUUAUUACUGUACUCCCUGUGUUGAGUAAAAUACUUGAGAGGAUUGUCUUUAACCAAAGGUUGACUUCCACCAGCACAGCAUACUCACUGGUCAGGACACUCUACCAGCUCAGUAUUGCCAUACAUUGUCUUAUAUUUCACUGCAGCUUUUGAUGUCAAUGCCCUAUUGCUAAGCUUGAAUGUUUUGGCUUUUCGCCUUUAGCUUUUUUCUAACUGUAGAGAUCUCUGGGCUGUUUUUAUUCUGAAACUUUACUGAUGAUUUACCUAAUCAUGCUAAAAAUUCAAGAGAAGUUCUAUUAUGCUGAUGACUCAACUUCGACCUGUGCACCACGAACAACAGUAGAGUUGCUCAGUUAAUCUACAAGCUGAGUUUCUGCCAGAGAAAUAAUACUGCAGCUGAGAAGAACGACAGAGAUAGUGGACUUCUUUUUCUUCAAUACCUUUCACCUGCAAGGAGUCAGUAGCUUACAACAAAGGCGGCUUCCUCUGACUGAGGAAUUCAGAUUUUUACACAUCCUUUAUACAGUCAAGAAACAGACACCCCCGCCCACUAACAUCAUCUCACAAGUAGCAUGACAUUACAACAGCAUCCAAGUAGGGUACAGGUUGCAGCUGUGGUCUGUAUUGGGAGAACAAAGACAGCUUAGUUCAUCAUCAGGUUCCGGCUUCAGUUCAUUGUCACACUGCUGGGAAAACAACCUGUGAGUGAAAUUUUAGCUUUCAUUGAGUUUCAUGGCCUCAGCAGAAAAGUAUCAGUCCCAACUCCAAGACCAUACCUCUCCUUUCCCAUGCUCAUUAAAAAGAAAAAGAUAUGACUCUGCAAGCAUUCACACCAAGUGAUUUUCAGUAAAUGAUGAUUAACAUACUUAUAUAACGAAAAUAUACAUGUGAUAGCAUACACAUACAAUUUGCCGACCUGAAUGAGGACAGAAAUGUCAACAUAAUUAUUCCCGUAAAAAUCCUGUUCACCAUGUCCAACUUUAUCUUCAAUAUCCGCUUUAUGUGAAUCCGAAAAAAGAAGACAAGCUAGUGUUUGAACUUUUAUUUCAGUCUAAGUUUCUUUCAGUCUGCAUCAACAAUUCAUUUUUUUUACAAUCACACAGAAGCUGCAUGCCAAUCACGAGAAGAGAUGCAGUGAAGGACUCAGUUACUAAGUGCUUCUCUCCAUGCAGACACAAGAUGGCGCUCCAAUGCACAGUAGAUACAACAGCACACCUCAGACUGUAUACAGUCUGUACAGCAUAUGCUUCAAACUUGAAAGCCGUUUAUUUCAGCAGGAGUCAAACACAAAAACUCAAAAUGUAUAUUGAGGUUUCUCUGAAACACAACUGUCUUGUAAGCCAAAUGAAAAUGAAUUACCGGACAGCUCCAUAA